GUAGUUGGUUAGCCAAACAUGCACAGUUAAAGAGAUGAUCAGGAAAACGAGUAGAAGAAAACCAUCAGAGUUUAUUUCAAGUUGGGAGCAUAAGGACACACGCAGUCAUUGUUGGUAUGUAAGACCUGGCUUUAACUGGGAUAAACGUAAUGGUUUCCCAGUAUACAGCAUUUCUGGAAUCACACACCAAAGCCUUAUGAGGUGUUAUAGAGGACCAAGCAGCUGUAGGACAGAUUACCGGAUGAGUACUGAAGUCCUGCGUCUUUACUGAAACAUAUGGCAGGAAAUCAGACCGCUGAUAUAGAUUUUGCCCUAGCUGAAGGUCAGAGGUGAACAUCUGAGCUCUUUUCUGAGUGUUUUUAAUCUAUUGUCAUGCUGGAUUGGCCUGUCAAAGCCUUAAUCAAGGGCACCUUCCUAGUUUCAUACAGCAUGUCAGCGUUUGGCUAACUACAUGGUUUCAAAUCACUUUGCCAUCUUCCUUUACCAUCUCUGGCCCCUGCAUGGGGGACAAACAAUCACUACUGAUUGUGCCUCCUCAUCCCAUUUUUUAUUCAUUGGUUGUAUUUUCAGUCAAAUAUACUGAAAAUCCAUCACGCUUCUUACCAUCUUUGUCUUUCUUCAACCUUGACAGUUAUUAGUUUUUAGGUUCUGUUCUUUAGCUCAAAUCUAUUUAAUUUCUUUUGAUUGAUAUCCAAUCUCUCCCAUUCUAGCACAAGUUGCCACAUUUUAAUCCGGCUCCCCCUCUUUUAAAGCCAAAGUGUGUGCCUCAGUGUGGCUCACUGGUACAUCUGAAAAUCAAGCCGCUAGGCAGUUGUUUUAGUGGUUGUUUUGGUGCAUGGAAUCAGCCUAAUCGUGGAGAGGCCAGGCUACCACAAACUGAUGGACUUUGACAAGCGCGGAGUAGGAGGAGGCGGCGGGGGUGGGGGAGGAGGAGGAAAAGGGGAGGCAGAGGAUGGUAAGAGGAUGUCUGGGAAGACAGGGGGCAGAUCAGGGCACAGUGGCCGGGCUGCUGGCUCAGGCUCUGGAGUUCUGAUGGUCGGACCAAACUUCCGGGUCGGGAAGAAGAUUGGCUGUGGGAACUUUGGAGAACUACGACUUGGAAAGAACCUGUACACCAAUGAAUAUGUGGCCAUCAAACUAGAACCGAUCAAGUCGCGGGCACCACAAUUGCAUCUAGAAUAUCGCUUUUACAAACAGCUGGGAAGUUCAGAGGGCGUACCUCAGGUGUUUUACUUUGGACCAUGUGGUAAAUAUAAUGCCAUGGUUCUGGAGCUGCUUGGACCCAGCUUAGAAGACCUAUUUGACCUCUGCGACAGGACUUUCUCCUUGAAAACAGUACUCAUGAUAGCCAUACAGCUGAUAACCCGUAUGGAGUUUGUCCACACCAGAAGUCUCAUCUAUCGGGACGUGAAACCUGAGAACUUCCUGGUGGGUCGACCCGGCUCUAAACGGCAACACACCAUUCACAUCAUAGACUUUGGCCUUGCAAAGGAAUACAUAGACCCUGAGACAAAGAAGCAUAUCCCAUACAGAGAACACAAGAGUUUGACUGGAACUGCCAGAUACAUGAGUAUCAAUACCCAUUUGGGGAAAGAGCAAAGCAGAAGAGAUGACCUGGAAGCUUUAGGCCACAUGUUCAUGUACUUUCUGCGGGGCAGCCUGCCAUGGCAGGGACUAAAGGCAGACACUCUGAAAGAACGUUAUCAGAAAAUAGGAGACACAAAGAGAGACACACCAAUAGAGGUGCUUUGUGAAAAUUUCCCAGAAGAGUUGGCCACCUACCUGCGAUAUGUGCGGCGGCUGGACUUUUUUGAGAAGCCAGACUAUGACUAUCUGAGGAAACUCUUCACAGACCUCUUCGACAGGAAUGGAUACAUCUUUGAUUAUCAAUAUGACUGGACUGGAAAGCCACUGCCCACUCCUAUUGGACCGGUGACUACUGAAACCCAACUUCAGACAAGCAAUCGUGAGAAAGCACCUCAGACCAAACACCAGUCUCCAGAGGGGAAAGGCAGUGAGUCUCAACCCAUUCCAGUCACCAACCAAGAGCUGCUGGGCUCCCACCUCACUGCAGAUAGGCUGGGCGGGUCUGUCCAGGUGAUGAGCUCAACCAAUGGUGAGCUGAAUACAGAUGACCCUACAGCAGGACAUUCUAAUGCACCAAUCACAGCCAAUGCAGAGGUUGAAGUCCCUGAUGACGUAAAGUGCUGCUGUUUCUUCAAGAGGAGGAAGAGGAAAGCUCUCCAGAGACACAAGUGAAAACAAGAAACAGCCCUCUUUUUGGUAUCUCUUUAUUUCCCUUCCCCAAAGUCUUUCUCAAGCCAUUUUCCUUUAACUCUUUCUCCUUUAUCUAUCUGCUAGCUUCUGCUCUGGUCUGCGUAGACAGACAGUGAAAUGCUUUUUCCGUUUCACCACAGAGUUUCAAAUGUGCCGUCUGUUCCAGCGGUGGACUCUGGUAUUUAUGGCCUCAGAUUGAGCUGAAAACGGACCAGCACAGUUGUUGGGACGAUAAAGGGGUUGUUGACAGACUGUAUACAAGCCAAUAAUCAGACUGGAUUCAGCUAUUUUACUGGAUUUAUUUUUGUGUGUUCUUCCUUACUGACUGACUGGAUCAGAAGACAAAGAAGUGUUUAUCAGGAGAUACAAACAUGCAUGGGAUGCAGAGACUGUUGGACCAUGUGUGCAAACAGAACAUGCACAUAAAUCACGCUGCACAUUUCAUCAAGCUCAUCAUAAAGAGACUUGAUGGACAGAGAUGCAGUUCUUGCACAUAGUUUUUAUUCCCUGGUGUCAGAGGUUGCACAAUGAGUGGCCUGGUCCAGCUUGGAGAUCGGACUGAGCUUAGCGUGUUUCUCUUUCACCAUCCGGGCGGAACCCUCACAACCACCAGAAAACUCAAAAAAGAUGUUUAUGUAAAAUUUAUGCUUUACCCUGAUUUUGAGUUGUAACUAAAAUAAGACUGUUCUCUUUUCAUUUUUUUUUUCUUCUGAGUUGUUCAGGUUUUUGUAGCUUCUAGUGUGAUCCUCAGAAUGUAUUUUUUUUAAUAACUCUUGAUAUGUUUGGUUUGAUUUUCCGCUUUCUCUUUCGGUUGGAGGAUGAAAAGUUGGAUAAUGCCAUUAAAAAAAUAAAAAUAAAAAGUGAUCUUUA